ACAGGUGAUGCUGAUAGUUACAAUGAUGGUGGUGGUGGUGAUCGUUACGGUCACGGUGGUGAUGUUGAUGCUGAUAGUAAUGAUGACAGUGGUCGUGGUAAUGGUGAUGAUAGUUACGAUGGUCAUGGUCGUGGUACUGGUGAUGGUGAUAGUUAUGACAAUGAUGGUCGUGGUCAUGGUGAUGCUGAUAGUUACGGUGGUGAUGAUGAUGGUCGUGGUAAUGGUGAUGCUGAUAGUUACAGUGAUGAUGGACGAGGUAAUGGUGAUACUGAUAGUUACGGUGGUGAUGAUGAUGGUCGUGGUAAUGGUGAUGCUGAUAGUUACAGUGAUGAUGGACGAGAUAAUGGUGAUACUGAUAGUUACGGUGGGGAUGAUGUUCGUGGUCAUGGUGAUGUUGAUAGUUACAGUGGUGAUGAUGGUCAUGAUCAUGGUGAUGCUGAUAGUUACGGUGAUCAAGAUGAUGAUGGUCAUGGUAAUGAUGCUGAUAGUUAAGAUGAUGAUGAUGAUGAUGAUGAUGAUGCUGAUAAUGAUGGUCGUGGUAAUGGUGAUGCUGAUAGUUACGGUGAUGAUGAUGGUGGUCGUGGUAAUGGUGAUGCUGAUAGUUACAGUGGUGAAGAUGGUCGUGGUAAUCGUGACGCUGACAGUUACAGUGAUGAUGGUUGUGGUAAUGGUGAUACUGAUAGUUACGGUGGUGAUGAUUAUGGUCGUGGUAAUGGUGAUGCUGAUAGUUACGGUGAUGAUGAUGGUCGUGGUAAUGGUGAUGCUUAUAGUUACGGUGAUGAUGGUCAUGGUAAUGGUGACGCUGAUAGUUACAGUGAUGAUGGUUGUGGUAAUGGUGAUGCUGAUAGUUACGGUGGUGAUGAUGGUUGUGGUAAUGGUGAUGAUGGUUGUGGUAAUGGUGAUGCUGAUAGUUACGGUGGUGAUGAUGGUUGUGUUAAUGGUGGUGAUGGUUGUGGUGAUGCUGAUAGUUACGGUGAUGAUGGUAAUGGUGAUGCUGAUAGUUACGAUGAUGAUGGUCGUGGUCAUGGAUGCUGAUAGUUACGAUGAUGAUGAUGGUCGUAGUAAUGAUGCUGAUAGUUAAGGUGAUGAUGCUGAUAACGAUGGUCGUGGUAAUGGUGAUACUGAUAGUAAAGAUGACUAUGGUUGUGGUAAUGAUGAUGCUGAUAAUUACGGUGAUGAUGAUGAUGCUGGUCAUGGUAAUGAUGCUGAUAGUUAAGAUGAUGAUGGUCGUAGUAAUGAUGAUGCUGAUAACGAUGGUCGUGGUAAUGGUGAUGCUGAUAGUUACGGUGAUGAUGAUGGUCGUGGUAAUGGUGAUGCUUAUAGUUAUGGUGAUGAUGGUCAUGGUAAUGGUGACGCUGAUAGUUACAGUGAUGAUGGUUGUGGUAAUGGUGGUGAUGGUUGUGGUGAUGCUGAUAGUUACGGUGAUGAUGGUAAUGGUGAUGCUGAUAGUUACGGUGGUGAUGAUGGUUGUGGUAAUGGUGAUGCUGAUAGUUACGGUGGUGAUGAUGGUUGUGGUAAUGGUGGUGAUGGUUGUGGUGAUGCUGAUAGUUAUGGUGAUGAUGGUAAUGGUGAUGCUGAUAGUUACGAUGAUGAUAAUGGUCGUAGUAAUGAUGCUGAUAGUUAAGAUGAUGACGCUGAUAGCGAUGGUCGUGGUAAUGGUGAUACUGAUAGUAAACAUGACUAUGGUUGUGGUAAUGAUGAUGCUGAUAAUUACGGUGAUGAUGAUGAUGAUGAUGAUGCUGGUCAUGGUAAUGAUGCUGAUAGUUAAGAUGAUGGUCGUAGUAAUGAUGAUGCUGAUAACGAUGGUCGUGGUAAUGGUGAUACUGAUAGUUAUGGUGAUGAUAAUUACGGUGAUGAUGAUGAUGCUGGUCAUGGUAAUGAUGCUGAUAGUUAAGAUGAUGAUGAAGAUGGUCAUGGUAAUGGUGAUGCUGAUAGUUAUAGUGAUGGUGGUUGUGGUCAUGGUGGUGAUGCUGAUAGUUACGAUAAAGGUGAUGAUAGUGACUGUGAUGAUGAUGAUGAUGCUGAUGGUGACAGUGACGAUGAUG